AUGACCAAGCAGCAGCCUGAGCUCUUCCGCGUCUUCGUCCUCACGGCCUUCCCCCGCUGGUUUGGCCUGAACCGGUACCGCGUCCACGUCCCCUGGACCGUCUACGUCGCCGACACUCUGGGCCAAAACCCUGCGCUCGACGGCGCUGUGUGCGGCAUCACCUCCGUCUUCCUUGGCCGCUCGCACAACGACGACAAGCUCCAAAGGUCCAGCCGCGAGAUCUACGGCAAGGCCCUCGCCGCCUUCGGCGCCAUCAUCCACAGCAAUGCCGGGAGCACGCAGCUCGCCUCCCGCGUCGCCGUCAGCACCUCCAUCCUCCUCAGCCUGUUCGAGACCUACCUCCGGACAGACCAGCACUCGUGGGCCCGCCACGCCCGCGGCGCCGCCCUGCUCAUGUCCCUGCGCGGCGCCCGCGCCCACCUCACCGGCUUCGACCGUUGCCUGUACCUCUCCUUCCGCAGUUUCCUCGUCGCCGAGGCCUUCAUCCACGGCCAGCCGUGUCUCUUCGAGACCCCCGAAUGGCAGCGCCUCAUUGACGAGAUCCGCUGCCAGGACAUGGUCGACCGUCGCGUCACCCCGCAGAUCUCUGCCGUCAUCGACGUCUCCGACCGCCUCUUCAUGGAGGUCGUCCAGCUGCCGGGCCUGGUGUCCCGCGUGCGUCGCCUCACCCUCGCGGCCGCCCGCGAGGACAUGCCCGCCAUUCGCGCGCUGGAAAUGCGCCUCCAUCGCUGUGACCACGCCAUCCGCGCCCUGACCCGCGAGCUGCAGGUUUCUAUCGCUGCGCGCACCCACGCCGCACCCGGCCAGACCGCAUCGUUCAUCGGUCCCAUCCCCUUGUCGUUUCCGGAGGAGUUUGCGAACGGCCUCAUCCGCGCAACUGACGUGUGUUUCCGCAUCUUGGGCCUCCUCCAGCACAAUCUCUCCGUCAUCUGUCAAGAGAUGGUGCAUCUGGUAGUGCCCGAUGGGGCGAGUCCGCAGUCCGCAUCCAGUUUGCCGUCCAGUCCGGGCUCUCUGGGCGACGGAUUGACUGCCCUUCCGUCAAGGGUAGUGCCGUUUCGUCUGGUGUCCAAGCUGCAGCCCGACAAACGGGAGCAACUCGCCCCCGUGGACAGGUGGCUGGAUAUGGUGGCGUCUUCUAUGGGCAUGGAAGCGUUUGAGAUUGUCAUUGGCAACUCAGCUCCCAGCGCAUACGCGGACGCUGACCCGGAACCCCAUUUAUCGGGUACAAUACUCCCUUUGCGCUGA